UAAACAAACCAACAGAGAGGGGCAAAAAUAAUCACAAAAAAAAAAAAAUCCCAAAAAAAUUUGAGGGGGAAAAAGAACAAUGGGAGAAAUCUCUCGCUCUUAUCCAUCAUCUUCAGCGCCAAGCUCUCCAAUCUCAAGCCCUAACCCUAGAUUCCCGAAGAAGAAGAUCCAGAGAUCAAAAUCGUCGGACUCCGAGCUCGAAUCGUCGCCGUCGUGGCCGCGGCGGAGCAGCGGCGUGAUGCUGGAGGGUUACGUGGAGGCCUCCGGAUACGGAGGCGAUCAGGGAUCCGACGGUGGCGAGUCCGUUGGCAGAACGAAGAGCUUGACCGAUGAGGAUCUCGAGGAGCUGAAGGGGUGCUUGGAUCUAGGGUUUGGGUUCAGUUACGAGGAGAUCCCUGAGCUUUGCAACACUUUGCCGGCGCUUGAGUUGUGUUACUCGAUGAGUCAGAAGUAUUUGGAUGAACAGCGCCCGGCGGCGGAUGAGGCGGCAGCGGCAGCGGGGGGCGCGUCGAUUGCGAGUUCGGGUGCUCCCAUUGCUAAUUGGAAGAUCUCGAGUCCUGGGGACCAUCCUGAAGAUGUUAAAGCAAGGCUAAAAUAUUGGGCUCAAGCAGUGGCAUGUACUGUUCGAUUAUGCAGCUGAGGGAGCUGCAACCAUUUCACUUACACUUGUGGGGAGAAUUUAAACAAGAUAACCAAUCAUUAACCCGCGACUCAUCAAUUUUUUUGUAGAGUGAAUUCUCUAUUAAUUCCUCAUGGAUCUAUGCCUCUGAAUAUGCUGCAUUUUUGCUGGAGAAGGGCCUCGCUUGAAUCUAACGCCAGCUGCGGAAACGAUGAUGCAUUUGAAAUGUGCAGAGUUCCUCUGCAGAGCUGAGAAUGGAUUAAUGAGAGAUCUGUCUUAACUAUAUUAUAAGUAUUAUGUAUGAACAUGAUUAUGUUGUUUCGACGUGUGAUAAUCGUCACUAAUAAAAUGCAUUUCUUCUGUGAUCA